AUGGAUAAAAUUGGUCAUCGUUAUGUCAUUCAAUAUUUUUAUUUGAAAGGUCUUAGUCCAUCCGGUAGCAAAAGUGCACUAGAUUCUACACUAGGGGAGUCUGCUCCCUCAUAUGCAAUGAUUAAAAAUUGGGUAGCGCAGUUUAAACGUGGCCGUACGAGCUGUGAAGAUGAACAUCGCACUGGUCAACAAAAUGAGGUCACCACGCCAGAAACGUUUAAAAAAAUCCACAAAAUUAUACUAGACGACCGUCGAUUGAAAGUGCGUGAGUUAGCUGAUAUAGUAGGCUUAUCAAAAAGUGCUAUACAUCGGAUAUUGACCGAAAAUUUGGACAUGAAAAAGCUUUCCGCAAGAUGGGUGCCGCGUUUACUCACAAUCGACCACAAACAACAUCGUGCGGAUGUUUCAAUGAACUGUUUGGCCAUGUUUACUAAAAAAAUAAAGACUAAAUUUUUGCGUCGAUUUAUAACAAUGGAUGAAAAAUGGGUUCAUCAUUACACUCUUGAAACAAAACAGCAGUCGAAACAAUGGACCAGUAGGGGAGAACCGGCUUCGAAGAAGGCAAAAACAACUUUAUCAGCUGGAAAAGUUAUGGCGUCCGUUUUUUUGGAUGCGCGUGGCAAAACUCGUAAAUCGAGUAAAACAGUUGAUAUUGAGAAGAAAUUCGUCUUACAAUAG